CUGCCGCACUCCUACCUCCGCCUCCGGCUCCUCCGUUCCCGAUCUGCCGCCGAACUCCCCGCUCCGCCCCGCCGAACUUCCGGUACCGACACCGCCACCGCCGGCGCCGCUCCCACACGCCGUACACAAUGGCUCCGUCAUUUGCACCGUCGACGAACCCUUGCUGCAGGUACAGCUUGCGUUCAAAACGCCCCCCCUCGGGUCACAAGCAGGCCAGUCCAGAUAUCCCACUCCCAGCGAAUCACAAGGGGCGCAAAGCUGUAUGGAAUGAAGCGAGACUUAGGACAUUUGUGGAGCUGCUCAUUAGAGAGAAACAAAAAAACAAUGGCAACUGGGUAGAGAGUCAGAGAAAACUCAUAGAAGGCUGGCCCGAUGUUGUAGAUGCCUUCAAUAAGGCCACAGGAGCAAAUUAAAAGGCCUCGUAGCUCACUAUGACAAAUGGUUGUACCUUAAAAAAGAACAAUGGUCUCGGGAGUGAUGACAAUGGCUGGAUUACAACUUCGGACAAAUUUUGGCAAAAACGUGGAAUGAAGCCUAUUGAUGGGAAGCCCCCCUGUGAGGAGCUACUGCAUAUCUUGUUUGGCAAUACCCCACGAUUCCGUGGGCAUCUUAUGUUUUGUGGUAGGAACAACAUUCCAAGCUCUGCAAAUGUGGGAUCUACAUCCCAGAAGACUUCAUCAAAGAAGCGUGAAUCACCAUUAGAUGGGUUGGACAGCCCUGCAAUUCGGAAGAGUGCUUCUAGUGUUAAAGAAGUUGCGGAUUAUGUCAAAUCCGCCGCCACACGACUAGUUGAUGAAACACUACUUUCGGAGGCAGACCAAGCAGUUGAACUGUUGAAAAAAGAUGGCUUCUCAGUAGAUGAUCAAUGGUACUCCCGGGCCUUGCUUAUAUUCAGCGCGAAAGAAAUACACCAGAGGUACUUUGUGCGUUAUUGUCUAGCCCCUCAGGUCAGGUUCAAUUUUCUCGUGGAGAAAUGGCGGGAGAGAGAGCUAGAAAUGCAGAAGCUCCUCUAGAUCUAUAGAUGUGAACCAGUGUUGUUCGUUGAUGUUGGCUUGCUACGUAUUUCAGUUUCAGGAAUGUAAUUUGCUUUAGCUGAGUUUUGUGGUUUGUUGUUUGGAUGUUGUACUUCGACAAAUACUGUUGUUUGUGUGUGAAUUUUGUAAUCCAAAUAAGUUUGCUUGAGUUACCCUAGUUGUUUGAAUGCCAGA